CUAUCCACAAAAUUCCAUUCCAUGUUUUUCAGUUAGUCUUCUUCAACAUCUACACUUCUAUCUACGCUCAGGUCUUUUCUUAUAUUCUCCCCAGUAUACUUUACACAGCAGACUGAUUGUGUCACUCUUCCACGCUUACUUGUGACAGCUCGAUCACCACCCAAACCAAACCAAUCACAAUCAGUUGCAGCAGAGCAUCCCACCCCCAGAAUGGGGAACCUCACAGUGUCCGAACUCCACAAAGCCCUCCCCGGGGGCAACUACUUGGACUGGCUGGUGGUGGACGAUGUACUCCACCAGAUCCUCGUGGACGCAAAGCAACUCACAAAACCGAUCAGGCACCUCCGCGUCCGCAUGCAACUCGAAGACCAACUCAUUGACCGCCUCCCACAGCUCCCGCUCUUCAUCCACUCGGCCUACGACGCCAACAAGUUCAACUGCAUGCUCUACCUCUUCCAGUACAUGAUGAAACUGAAAGGCGAUCUCCAGACGCGCUGCCGCAAGCGCCGCCUGGUCCUGCCUGCCAACGCCGCCGCGGGGGAGCUCGGCACCUUCACCAAGCCGCCCGCGAACGUGAUCAGCAAACAUUUUGUGGAGAUCAACGUGCGGCGCGCCGGGAAGCCGGAAACCCGCCACCAGUCCAAUUGGCGGUAUUAUUAUACGGACGAUGGGGAAGGGGGAAAGGUGGUUUGCCGGCUGCCGCAGGGCAUGUACGGUGCGUUCGUGGAUGAGAUCAGAGACAAGAGGGUCUACUAUCGUCGGGACAAGGAUGUGCUUCAGCCGCUGUGGCCGGAGGCGGAGAGCAUGAAUGUGGCGGUUCGGGGGUUGAGGGAGAAGAUCGGCGAUGUGGUGGAGGGGGAGGAGGCGUGGUUGCGGGCCUUGUUUGCGUUGAUGCAUUCGGAUACUGGGCCGGUUUGGUUCGUUGUUGCUGCUCGGGGUCAGAACCCUGAUGGUGUUGAUGGUGUUAUCUACCCUGGACACGGGAGAUGCGGCUCUGAACGGCAGUGUAUGCAUGGGACUUCUCUUGGAGAUGAAGCAUCUCGUGACCAAGAGUCUUCUCCUGGAAGUCCAUCAAGAUCUCCCGAACUCGAUCGACAUUCUGAAGAUGAUCUACACUCGGAACCGGAAAUCCCACCACCGGCGCCAACGCGCGGAACCCGACACCUACACGCCCGCGAACCGCAUCCCCCAACCAACAAACCAACUCAUGACCGCAUAUUCAUCCCGCCGUGGACGAUACCGCAGAUCCCACCACCACCGCAACCACAACCGACAAUAACUCCUGCCCUGGGCGAUCGCGACUCGCCGCCCGCCAGACCGUCUAGCUCUCGUUCCAUCCUGAACACUCCCCCGCAGCCGGACUGCGCGGAGACGGAUCGGAGAACGAGGAGGCAUCUGACUAUAUCUUCUCUUCUGAACUGAAUUCGUAGUAAAUCUUGAGAUACCCUGUCUAGCGUUCCCCCUUGCUCUGCUGUGUAUGUACGAACAGCGAAAGCCUUGCGGGUUUGACGCAAUUAUG